AUGGGCUUCAUCUCAUCUAUGGCUCGCUGUAUACGAGAAGGCACAUUCUCUCGCAAACACCGCACCCCCAAGCCCCAGCGUCUAGACGAUGAAACAAAUGACCUGAUCGAGACCAACUCCAACCAUGGCUCUUCAGUUGGAACAGAAAGUACUGUCUCCGCUUCGACAGCGAUGCAUUAUUCAACCCUAGAACCAAUCCCUCCAAUCAAAUCACCAAAGCGCAGACAGCUCAGUCCUACCGACUUGAACCUACAAACACUCUUCGACAAUGGCAAGGCACUGGACGCUGCGGCAGACCCUACAACAAGGGCGUUCGCUGUUCCAGAGUAUCCAGUCUACAAGCUAGAUAUGACCCCGACACCGGUCGACUCACCGACGAAGAAGUUGCAGGAUCCAAUUGAUCCGGGGAAGAAAGAGUCGAGGGACACGGGGCGGAAGUCUGUUGAAUGGAUGGAUGAGAAAAUAAGGAAAGAGAUCUCCGUGCCCCAAACCAUGGUGGAGCGGGAUGAGAAACCGGCGCGGAAAGAGGGAGAGCGAAAAGAGGCUGUGUCGAAGCUCCGGCGAUCCAAGACGCAGACGCUGAGAAAUCGGUUAAACGUGAAACUUCCACGGGCUCCUCGUUCCAGCAGGAACUUGCGCGUCCACACAUCGCCUGGUUGGAUUGAUGCUUCUGAUCUUGCUGAUGAAGAGUUUCUAAUCAAUGUUGAAGAAGAAAAGUGGUUAGAGGCUCACGGGCUGGGUGGAGGUAAAAACAUUGGGACGUGGACUGGUGGGGGACUGGGAAGGCCUUGGUGA